AUGCCGCUCCGCCUCGGUAUCCUAGGUGCCAAUGCCGCAAUUCAGAAAACAUACCUCCCAGUCCUCCUCACUCUCAAAACCCACUACACCCUAAGCGCAAUCUACGACCCAAAUCCAGAACUCGCGAAUCAAUGCCAGUCAACAUUCAACAUCCCGCACAACCUCCCAAUCACCGAAAUCCUCAACCACAAAGAAGUCGACCUAAUCCUCAACCUCCUCCCAAUGGAAUACCACGAACAAUAUACCGUGACAGCCCUCAAAGCCGGCAAACACGUCAUGGUCGAAGUGCCCCUGACAAUGAGCAUCCCAAGCCUUCGCCGCAUCCGCGAAGCCAUAAAACAAGCUCAAGAACAGCACCCAGCAACAGCGCCCAAGGUUGUCGUCGGCUGUGCGCGCCGCUACGCCCCUUGUUUCACAGAUGUCUUUAAAAAAGAGCUCGCAGACCUGGGCCGCAUCUACUACGCGCGCUGUCGCCAUAUCGCCGGGCCAAUGAACACAGGCGGGAAACCGGCCGUCCACAAUGAUCCCGAGCAAUUCACUGCACUGUUGGAAGAUGUUUUUGGCGACGAUAUCACUCCCAACCGCAUUGCGUUCUGCCGAUACCUGGGUAUGCUGGGGUGCCAUGAUCUAUCAGUGAUGCGGGAGUCGCUCGGGUUCCCGGAUGCUGUUUCCAGCGUUGCGAUUACAGAUCCGUUUUACUCUGCUGUUUUUCACUAUACAAAUGACAGCAGUGGCCAUCCUUUUACACUGUUGUAUGAGGCGGGUGUUGAUUCUGUGCCGAGGUGUGAUGCCCACCUUACUGUUUACGGUGCGCGGAAGACGGUCAGUGUUCAGUAUGAUUUUCCGAGACCGGGGGAGAAGAUUAGCACCGGAACUUUUGUGAAGGUUGUUGUUGAGGAGGCGGAGGUGGAGGAGAAUGGGGCUGGGGGUGUCAGGCGGGUUAAACGUACUGAGACGGUUAGUACGUGCGAAGAGGCUUAUGAGCGAGAGUUUCUGGCUUUACAUUCUCAUCUUGUUGGCGGGGAGGCAAAGACGACAGCUGAUGAUGCCGUUAUGGAUUUACGGUUGUUGUUGAUGGUCUUUGAGCAUUACAACCGCCAAUGUGGAACUAUCAGCACGCCACUUGGUUGA